UUUAAUUCUGAGUUAACUCGAGAGAGUCAUAAAAGCGCUUAACAAUUUCGUUCUUGGAGAAGAAGCUUUCUCUUUUCUAGAUAAGAAAUCUGUGCAUCAAAAACACAAAAACAACAAAAAAGAAGAAGGAACAAGACAAUUCCAAAGGAACAAGAGAGAAAAUGAGUCGAGGAAGUGGAGGCGGAUACGAUCGCCAUAUUACCAUCUUCUCCCCCGAAGGUCGUCUUUUCCAAGUCGAGUAUGCGUUUAAGGCAGUGAAAGCAGCUGGGAUCACAUCAAUUGGUGUUCGAGGGAAAGACUCCGUCUGUGUUGUUACUCAGAAGAAAGUUCCCGACAAGCUUUUGGAUCAGACUAGCGUCACUCAUCUUUUCCCUAUUACUAAGUUCCUUGGAUUGUUGGCUACUGGCAUGACAGCUGAUGCAAGGACCUUGGUCCAGCAGGCAAGGAAUGAAGCAGCUGAGUUUCGUUUCAGAUAUGGAUAUGAGAUGCCUGUGGAUGUAUUGUCCAAAUGGAUUGCUGACAAAUCACAGGUUUACACUCAACAUGCUUAUAUGAGACCUCUUGGAGUUGUUGCUAUGGUGUUGGGUAUUGAUGAAGAGAAGGGGCCCCAACUCUACAAAUGUGAUCCAGCAGGCCAUUUUUAUGGCCACAAGGCAACCAGUGCUGGAUCAAAAGAGCAAGAGGCAAUUAAUUUCUUGGAAAAGAAGAUGAAGAAUGACCCUGCUUUUACUUAUGAGGAAACGGUGCAGACUGCUAUUUCUGCUCUACAGUCUGUUCUUCAAGAGGAUUUCAAGGCUACUGAGAUAGAGGUGGGAGUGGUGAAAGCUGAUAAUCCAGCUUUCAGAGUGUUGUCAACAGAGGAAAUUGAUGAACAUCUGACAGCUAUUAGUGAGCGCGACUAGUGAGCAUGGACCAAUAUUAGCUGCUGCAAAAACCUUUCUAUUAUUUGAAACAACAUACAUGCUUUAGUUGAUCAUGAUGUUUGAGAGGGAUUGAAAGAGGGUUAGAAGAGCUUACAUUUAUGUUGCCUCCUAUUACUGCUCGAAACUUUAUAAUUAAAUUCAUGUUAUUUCUGAA